AUGACUUUCCGGGAUAUCAAUAUUGGUGUCACUGAUGAAGAUAUUCCUGUUGCCACUGCGAAGACUGUGGACUGUAAUAUGCAUGCAUGUGUUGUAUCAGAGCCUGCGAGUGGUCUGUGGAGGAUGUUUGAGCCCGAUUUCAAGGGCAAAGUUGAGUUGAUUCCGGUUGAGCUACGGGAAGGUUUUAAUCUGGAAAUUGUUGGCAACUUCCGCGUACCCAAACGUGAUGUGUUGCAGGAACCCGUGCCAGAAGGCGAAAAAGCUAUCCUUGCGGACUUGGGGAAGUUUGAAAAGCGCAUCCCCAAGAAGCAUGUGGAGAAGAAGCAGGUGAAGAAAACCGCGCGGUGUCGUGGUAAGGAGAAAGCUGAGGGCUCAGUUGCCCCUCCUCCGGGGUCCCAGGCCGCAGAACCCGAAGAUGCAGUAUAUUCUCUCUUUGAUGCUCCUUUUUCUCCCUCGCAUACCACAGCUGCGGGUGCGGGGGUACCAAAGGAGCCUGCGGCACCUUCUGUCAAGGUGGUUCCUGAUCCCCCCAUACAGGUGGAGGAAACGGUGGAGAAGACUGCUACCCAGAUUUUUGAUACUGUGGAUUCCUCCAACAACCUGAUCAGCCCAACUGAUGGUGAUGGGUUGGACUUGAGGUUUUCAGAUGCUGGGAAGCAGAAAACGGAUGCUGAGCCGCAGAAAUCUUCUGCUGGUGAGAAGGUUACCGGCUCUUCUUCCGGUGGUGUGGGUUAUGAUGGGUCUCCAAUUCAGCCUCGGGAGUCUGAAUUGGAGUAUUAUUACCGCACCUACACGCAGGAUCGAAAUUACAAGGUGCUAGGCCGCAGGGAAGAAGAAGCUGCUCGUUUGCGGGCCGAAGCAGAGGAGUUGGUGAAGGCUGCUCGUACGGGUGCGGAGCAGCUUAAAAGAGAUAGAGCUGCUUUUGAUAAGCAGAAACAGACUGCGGAGUGGGCUGAGUUGAUGAAUGUCAAGGCGGCGAACGUUGCCUUAGGCAAAGAGAAGGCUGCAGCUGAGGUGAUUGCGGUUAAAGCGCAGCAGGCGGAGGCCCGGGCUGCUGAAGUUCAGACCCGGGAGGUCGCGGUUACAGACCUCACAGCCCGCAUGACUGCAGCGGAAGAGCGGGCUAAUGCUGCUGUUGAGGCCAGAGAUGCUCUGACCUCUUCGUUUAACCAACUGGAGGCUGACCGUGAAUGGAUGCGGAGUCAUGGCAUCGCGCGUGUAAGUAUCCCUUGCCUUUAUAUUUGCUUGGAUUAG